CACAGCUGCACAUCCGCGGUUUAAUUUGUAGGACGUCUGUUUUGAAAGUUCCGCUGAUAAAAGUGAGCGAAGUCUAAUUUGCCCGCCAUUAUUUCCGCGGAAAAUAUGCCUCUGCAUAUAUCAUUCGAAUGUUUCAUUGUUUAUGUGCUUGGAGAUCCAUUACUUAGUUGACAGACAUGCGUAUUGAUCGUAUGUGGAGUAAAUCUGUCAAAUCUCCAGAACUAUCACCUAAAGGCUGUUCUAACCAAUUUGGUCAUGUUAAGGAUUUCUCAUUAUGUCAGAAUUAUCAGCAGCGUAGUUUUUUGAAACUAUAAGCGAAUCAUCCAGCCUACACCAGAGCCAUGUCACGUGUUAGGAAUUCACCCCAAGAUAUAAAUAACAUACGGAAGUCUAAAUAUGGAUCCAUAUGGAGUGGUGUCUGCAGAUAUGUUUGAUAUACCAGCUGCAGAGCAAGAAAUAACUGUUGGACCUAAUGAACAAACAGUAAUAACGGAAGGCACUAUUUCGCCAGGGUCUGUCGCUCAAUCUGUUGUGUCUAGUGUUGGAACGAUCACUGUGGGCGCAGGUGGAACUUUAACUCUUCAGAAUGCAACAGGUGGCCAGCGAGGUCCGCGAGUCAUCAUGUUGCAACGUAGUGGCGCAGUGUCUCUACCGACUAUACCAAAUGCAACUGUUCAACGCGCAGGCAUAAAGGCUUUGAAAAUAAUAACCAUGCCAGGCCAAGGAACUGGAGUAAAGGCAAUUAGGGCUACUGUGAUUCCCAUGCACAUGUUGCAGCGAACAGUCAAAGUGGUUCCUACUGGAGGUCAGCAGACUGUUAAUUCCAGUGGUAUUACCGUCACAUCAUGUUAUCCACGUAUUCUAACCAUUCGCCCUCAGGUGUCAUCUGGGCCCACAGUCCUGACAGGUGCUACUACUAUAACAUCUGUGAGACCGGGUACAAUAAUUUUAUCUGGUGCACCCACAACACAAUUUACAGCACCUACUGUCCAAUAUCAGAAUUCGGAAGAUAUCGAGAAUCAGAUGGUGUUAACUUCCGGAGGUGAAAUUAUUAAUGGAACUCCUCACGGUGUUAUUACAAACCCAACUGGUUAUUAUGAUACGAAUACACAAACUACUACCGCUACUGGAUUUGAACAUCCAGCUAGUCCAUCUGGACGAGAAUCAGGUGAUGAACAAGAACAGGUUACAACUAGUUUGAAAACCAAUGGUCUUCGGCGUUAUGCUCGUUGUGUGUGCAAUAAAGUCAAAGAAAAAGGAAUUACUUCUUACAGUGAAGUUGCUGAUGAACUUGUUCAUGAAUAUGCUGCUGAACAUCCUAUGAUUCCAUCUGAACAGCUUCAUUAUAUUCAGAAAAAUAUCCGUCGACGUGUCUAUGACGCACUGAAUGUCCUUAUGGCGUUGAAUGUAUUACAAAAAGAAAAAAAAGAAAUACGUUGGGUAGGAUUACCUGUGAAUAUGGUAGAAGAAUGUCGACGUCUGGAAGAAGAGCGUGAAAAGCGACAGGUUUCUUUACGAAAUAAGACUAUGGAAAUUCAAGAACUUAUUAUGCAGCUGAUUGCAUUCAAAAACCUUGUAAUGCGCAAUAAAAUCAAUGAACGCUGCAGAAACCGCAUUGUAACAGAGUCUGGGGAUUCGUGCAACAUUACUAUUAAUAUAGAAAAUGGGGCUCCUAAAGUUCGAAAUGAAAAAAUACCACUGCCGUUUCUGGUGAUAUCUACACAUAAGAAAACUGUCAUUGAUUGCAACAUAUCCAAUGACAAAUUGGAAUACUUAUUCAAUUUCGAUCAAGCCUAUGAGAUACGUAAUGAAGUUGACACAUUAAAACGGAUGGGUUUAAUGCUGCGUCUGGGUACUGUUCAUUGUACCCAGGAAGAAUAUAACCAGUGCUUAGAGUUAGUACCACCAUCUCUCCGGUUUUAUGUGGAGGCGAUCUAUGAGCGACGCCAGGCAAUUGUUCCAGAUUUUGAGGCUCUCCAUCAACAGAGGAGAUUGUUUGUGGAAGCCAGAUUAGCUGCAGCAUCUUCAGUGGGUCAAACAGAAGAUAGUGAUCCUAUGGGAUCAGGUGGUCAUGGGGGGUCAGUUAAUAUGCAUCAGCAACUCGAUCAUUCAGGCAUGGGUCAUACAAUGCGAAAUAGUGAGCCGUUGGAUACAAGUACGCAUUAUACUGGCCUGUUCGAUACAGGUAAUGCAGGCGAAGGAGAUAUGAGGCAAAUAUACUUGAACAGAAGUCCAGAUGAAGAAGAUGGUCAUCUUACGGGGUCUGUUUCCAAUAGUGGAUUUGUUCCAGGUGAUACUCAACAUUAUGCUCGUGCAGCAGCUUCUCGUGGUUACGUUGUUCCUGGAGGUCCUGGUGGCCUUCUACGACAUCGACAGCAUACUCCGUCUUCAGGGGUUUCUAACAUUCUAAGUCGACAGUUUGGCAAUGAUAGCUCUUCUCGCCUAGGCUCAUCCACCCUGGUACGAACCUUAAUCAGUGAUACCCGUGAAAUAUCUGCUUCUGUGAUGGAUGUUAGCAACGACCAUCCAAUGGCUCGUAGCGAUGAUGCAAAUGAUGAUCUGGUAGAUCCAGAUGAAAUGAUUGAAGAUCAUGAUGAUGAAGAUGAGGAUGAUGACGACAUGGAAGAUGUGUGAAUCUGAGGUACGAGGUUGUCAUCUCUUCGUCUUUGCAAUACUACCUAAAUUUACGUCUAUCGCAUAAUUUUGUACAUCAGAUUUUCAUCAUUUACAAUGAAGUCAUAUUAUCAAAAAUUUUUUUUCUGAACUAUUUGCGCGACAACUUUAAUUUUUAUGAUCUCUAAUAUAUUUAUGACUGAGGCUGUGUGUAUUUUUAUUAUUCUCCGUCAUUAAAUGCAUUUUACAGUCUACGCCUAUAUAUACAUGGUCACCUUUUUCCUUGUCUGCUUAUUACUGUUCCCUUCAUAAUUAUGUUCACGUUAGCAAGAAUAAACAUUUUGUAUAGUACACUGCUUUCUGUGCGUAAUCAUAAAUUUUUUACUUGUAAAAUGUAUCAUGGUUAUUGUACUUUUUUUUUCUUCGAAUGUUGCCAUAUAUCUUGUAGAUGCUGUGGUAUGUGGAUUGUCAAUCCCAUUAACAAGACUAGGAGAGAAGUAUAUGUUCUCAUGGUACUAUGUUGGUUUAUUUUGUUGUUGCAGCGUUCACACACUUCAGUAUACUUACGACAACCUCUGUUUAAUACCUAGCAUGUUGCUUACAUCCCACUGCUAACACUGUUCCCCAAGCAGUUUCAUCGUCUUUUAAAUUAGUGAUCAUUGCUAGUCUUGUAAAAUCACACUUUCAGAAUGGAUGACUGGAUAUUUGGUCAGAACCUUUUUGUGAGUAAUCCAACUGGCCUAAUUUACUGUUAAUCGAACCCCUAAUUGAAUGGUAUGGUAUGGUUGGUUCUCUAACCGUAGCUAUUUCUAAUCUAAAAGUAAGCGAAGGAGCAGUACUUCUUGGUAUGACUGCAGAUGUGUUAAAGGAUGUUAAUGAUGAAUUAUUGACUGGGUUAACUAAUUAUAUGGGACUCCCAGGUAGUUCCGUCGAUUUGGUAUAGAUCAUUGAACAUCUCAAUUUACAAGAGAGGAAACAAAUCUUGUGAAAUUCUCUGGAGGAUCAUCUUUACUGAC